AUGCCUCCCAAUGAGGCAACCGAGAAAGCCCCCUUUGUCAUGAACUUGUUGGAUCAAAAAGAUGUUUUCUUGGACAACAUCCGGCCCUUUGUGGGCAUGGGGCACUAUGCCACUGUGGCAGGUGUCAACAAAGAGAUGAAAGACCUCUACGAGAAGUUUUGCAACUCUGUGGGGGAUCCUCCCAAGGUUCUUCUUUCUGCGAAUGAGAAGCGGCCAGCAACCAGCAAGGACACGUUUUUGAGUGUUGCAUUCUGUAAUGUGUCCUGUGCUGAAUACUGGCACAAUGAUGAUAACACCUGCAAAGCACCCAAGAACAUGUUUGUGUGUCGGCACAUUGCCAAAGUUGGUAGUCUUGCCGUCCUCCAAUGGGCCCGAAAGAAGGGAUACCUGUGGGAUGAACAAACGUGUUCUUGUGCUACUGAGGCUGGUAGUUUUGAGGUCUUGAAGUGGGCCCAUGCAAAUGGCUGUCCAUGGGAUAGAAGGACGUGCUGUGCAGCUGCUAAACAUGGCCAUUUUGAUAUCUUGAAAUGGGGCCAUGAGAAUGGCUGCAAAUGGGACAUACAAACAUGUUCUUGUGCUGCUGCUGCUGGGCAUUUUGAGAUUUUGAAAUGGGCUCGUGCAAAUGGAUGCAGGUGGGAUCAAAGGACAUGCACUGCUGCAGCAAGACAUGGUCAUUUCAAUGUGCUGAAAUGGGCGAGAAACAAUGGCUGUCCAUGGAGUGCUGGGACUUGCUCUGGUGCUGCACAAGGUGGACAUUUUGGAAUAUUGAAAUGGGCCAGGGAGAAUGGCUGUCCAUGGGAAGAACAUACAUGCUCAAAUGCUGCAGAAAAUAGAGAUUUGGAAAUGCUCAAAUGGGCUAGAAACAAUGGUUGCCCUUGGACAGCAGCGACAUGCCAGUUUGCUGCAAGGUGUGGGCAUCUGGAGAUGCUUCAAUGGGCUAGAGAUAAUGGCUGCCCAUGGAACAUUUACACCUGUCACGAGGCUGCAAGACAAGGGUGCCUAAAUGUUUUGAAAUGGGCAAGAAAUUAUGGCUACCCAUGGACUGCAGAAACAAGCUGUUUUGCCGCUUUGGGUGGCAAUCUGGAAUUGCUACAGUGGGCAAGAAGGAAUGGCUUGCCAUGGGAUAGUCCGGCAUGCAAACUUGCUGCAAAAUAUGGUCAUUUUGAAUUGCUAAAGUGGGCCCGAUAA